CUAAUUACUUCUUUCAAUGUUUUUCCCGUGGAGAAUGUACACAACCUGUCUGGAGUGACGACGGAGGAGGCAUCAGACAUCGGAGAUAACACUAGUGCCGGGAACAAGCGAGGUGAUCCUUGUCCUUAUUCAUUCACUCAUUUACGACUUCCAGCCUCCAAGUACCCCACCUUUGUUGCUUCUGCUCGAUUUCUUGUCAGAACCAAAAGCUGUCGAAUAUUAACAACAGUACCCAGAGGAGAUACAGCACAAAUGCCGCCAAAAUCAGGUGCAGUCGCCGACGCGUGGGACGACGAUUGGGAACAUCUGGCUGAUCAGGAGGAAUCAGAGAAAAAGGGUGAACCGACAGCGCCAGUAAAGCUUUCCAAAGCUGAGCGAAGAGCACAGCAUGCCGAAUUCAAUCGUCAGAUUUGGGAAUCGGCGGACAAACCAGAGCCAUUGCUCUUCAUUGAAGCCCGCAACAAUUUGCCCGUUCCACCGACAUUCAAACCCACCAUGAAAGUGCUUGCCCGCAAGCCUCCCCAGGUCUUGACGCGAAAUAGUGCAACAGCUGGAAUGGCCGGAUUGAGUUUGGAUGACGAUGAUGGUGACAGUGAGGAAGAACGAUUGAAAAGAAACCAGGCAGAGUUUGAAGAACGCAAAGCACGCGCUCAAAGAGAACGUGCAGAAAAGGAGCGCCGUUAUGCGGAAGCUCGGGAAAAGAUAUUCGGUUCGCCCGCCGCUUCGGACGAGUCACGCGGUGCGUCUCCCAAUAAAUUAAGUAGUAGGGGCAAAGGCCGAGGCGGUCGUGGUGGCCGCGACAGUCAGAGCAGAUCGAGCGAGCAGUCACCGGCACGUACCCACCCUCCGGGUCGUCAGCUGUAUGAGCCGUCGUACUCACCCAAGCCCGGGUCAGUCUACGUACAGAAGAAAGAGAAUAGUCGCCCUGGCACACCCAAUGGUCAAGAGAAACCAAUCCGAGAGCCCCGUGGCCCACAAGCUAAUGGGAGAGGAGGCCGAGGAUUUGCACCAAGAGGCAACUAUGGCGCUAGUGCUUCAUGA